UAGCAGCAACGGAUAGUCGAAAAAAAAAUUGAACGGUUGUGGUUGUGGGUGGAUGUUCGAUUGUUUUCGCUCGCAAGAAUAAAACUCGUGAAAUCUCAAAAGACCCGCAAAUGCUCUUCGACUUGUGACUCGAAGGGUUAUUUUGAAUCAAAUUCGAAAUUCAUAUAAAACGAAAAAGAGCGGGAAAACGUAGCGUGAAUUUAAAGGACUCAUUGUUGUUGUCGUUUAAAGUUAGUGGAGAUAUAAAUAACAAAGAAGAAGAGGUGAAGAAGAACAAGCCAAGUGUUUUUCCCUGUGAAGUGAAAAGGAGCAAAAGGGAAGGCAUCAUCAUUUACCGUUAUCAGCGACACCCGGCAAUAACAAAAUCAUGUUGAUCUCGUGCAAAUGCUUGAAUUUCGUUGCCUCGACUUCGAAAUUGCAGCGCAGCCACAGUACCAAUGUCGCCGGGGGCGGAGUGGGCGGUACCGGCUCGUCUAACGGUAAUCCUGAUGGAGCCAGCGGAAUAAACAUUGGCGAAGACGCGUUCUCGAUCCUUAUGUCGCAGGAGUUCGAACGGAAAUAUCCAAGGGAUUUCAUGUUCCACAGCCAGUUCAUGAACUUCUUCAAGCACGCCUAUGGACCCGUUUCAGACCUCCACGUGGCUGUGAUUAAGCAGCGGGAGCUGAUUUAUGGUCUCACCCUUGAGGCCGCUGGUCAAAGCUGGCAGCUGAGCUUGUGCGUCAAUUGCAAGGAGGUGCUGUGCGCCAAGCGAUUGACGGCGGGCGCAGGAGCUACGCCCACGCUCUACCUCAUCAACUGGACGCUGGUGACGACCAGCGAGGAGUUGGCCCAGCGAAAAACCAACAAAGCCUACUCGGAGACCUUCGAAUUGUUGAUUAUGGAUCAAACAGGAAGUGACUCCGUGCCGGCAGGACCCACCUCUGGAAUAUCAAACUCUGCAUCGAGUUUGAGCAUUGGCUCGCUAUCCUCUUAUCGUUCGGAUGCCGAAGGGCAGAGGCUAAGGAUGAUCGAAGCUUAUCACCAGGCGCGAUUGCAGGAGGAGAUUUCGUUGACAAACGAGAGAAUCGAGCGGUACACGCGUAAUCAGUUCCAGUUCUUGAACAGUUUCCGGGAGAAGUCGGAUCAGGAUUUAGCAUUGCUAUUCAGAGUUAUCCAUGCUAUACCCUUUCAAGCCUCGGAGAUGCUAGAUCAUGCCAUGCCUCCCGCCUUGGAUGUAGCGGCGAAUCAGCCGCAGAGUGCCACUGCCCGGCGCAGGAACACCAUCAGCAGCCGACGGGAGUUGAAUGGUGGACCCACCACGCCCACCACCACUCUGAAUCAUCCGCCCAGUUUUCUUACGCUGAACCAGCAGCCGCAGCAGCAGUUGCAGUCCCAACAGCAGCAGACACAGCAGCAGCAAUUACAGCAGCCACUUCAAAGUGUCUCGGUGGCCAGAAAGAUGUCACACUUUGACACACCUCCCGCUACUCCAGAGGCCACGCCCAUGAGCGUGGGCAACAGUCCCACCUUCCGGCAGCAAUCGGCAGCCACUGGUGGAUCUGGCGGUCAACCCACCCAGAUGUUGACCUCCAACGGAGUUGGUCAGUCUAGUUCCACCGACGAUGCGGAUGACUGUCUGUUCGAACUGGAGGAUGUGGAUGCUCCGUCGUCCCAUACGGUUCAGUCCGUGCCAGUGCCCAGCUACCAGCGCAACUUGAUCUACCAGCAGGAGCACCACCACAAUCCGUUUCAGCAAUUGAGCCAGCAAAAUGGCCUGGGAAGUGUACUGGACGAUGAAACGGCCGACGAAGCUGAAGAUGCUCUCGACCCUGACAGUUCCAUUUCCAUACCAGUGCGCAAAGGAGCCGGUCGUCCUAGCCACGCGCAGUUGAUGAACUUUGCCAGGAGUCUGCCCAUAGAGAUAGCCAACACCACGCUGGCUGAGAGAGCUGCUGCGGCCAACAAUAACAACUUUGGUCGGGGCUGCGAGGAGGGAAUGGACAACAUUGAUAUAGCGGCCAGCAUUCAAGCGCUGACCAAAAGCAUCCAUGGCGAGGCUGUGUUUGGGGACUUGCCACGUCCCCGCCUGCGAUCCCAGAUUGAGGGCUAGCCAGGAUGGCGGGGUUUUAGGAGUCACCACUACGUACACAUAAAUAUAUCAACUCGUAAUCCGCAUAAUUUGUUUGCCUGUAGCCUAGCCGCCUUAAAGAUUGUUUUUGCUAACUAAACUAAAUUAGUUGCUCAACGAAACAAGGACACAUAAGAAGCGCCUUCCACAGACACAACCACAAAACAACCCACAUGUCCUUCAUAUAUACCACAAAUGAAACCACAUACGCACCACCUACCAACUACCAAGUACCAACUAAGCAGACAGUUUUGCAAUUUCUUUAAUUAUAUAUCGGAUAUAAGUUUUCUUUGAUUUUUUCGGAUGAUCUUCGAUUGGAAAUGUGUAUUUUCUUCGUACGACGAGUGUACGGCUGUCGUUGGCUGUUGCACAUUGAGUUAACUAACUGAUACUGAUACUGAUGAUGUUGUUAGUUUAUACAAUGAAUAAUCUAGUAUACAUAUACAUUAUAUAUAUAUUAUACAAUACAUAAAGAAUGCCAUUAGCUCAGCUCCGGCUGUGAUGCAGGCAAGACGCACCACAAAGCGUCCAAUCUAA